AACUUCACUCCCACCUCGUUCUCCGAGCGGCCUUGCCGAGACGAAACCCUCCCAUACUUCCUCCCGAAACACAUGCGAUCAGAACGAUCCAAGCACAUGAAGAAGUCGAAGAGAUACGGAGACUCGUACAGGACAUUUGAGGAGAGUUUCAAAAGUGUAGAUAGUUAUAGAGAUGGGUAUUACUUCAGACCAAAAUAUCGUAGUUAUAGGGAUGAGCGGUCAGUGUAUAGGAGGAUCGCGAAGAGUUUGAGGCUGAGGCGGCGGUACCUGCCGGCGCGGGUGGUGAGCGGCCCGCUGGCCAGCCGGCCGGCCGUGCUGCUGCAGUGGUCGCUCAACGACGUGCACUUAGAUAGCGAUGGAACGAGUGUUGUUUUUAGGUUACGAUAUAGGAAGAUGACGAGUGCCACCAUAUACCAAGUGUUCUUUACUAAAAAUUUAAGAUUAGAUUGUGCAAUACGUCUUAGAAGUACCCGCGUGGGGCGCGUGCACUCGGGGCAGGUCCCGCGCACCCGCGGCUGCCGCGUGCUGGUGCCGCCGCCAGCGCCGCGCUCCGCGCUGCUCGUCGAGCUGCACAAGCUCAACGUGCCCUGCUCCGCCGGCUUCAUCCGCUUCGCACCCAACACGCCCACCCUCUGCGGGAAACUCGACCAAAUACCAGUUCCAAACAGGAAAUUCCUCUAUACGUCCACGUCAAAAAACCCAGCCAUAGAACUCCAUGGCCGACCCACGUUCGCCGCGAUAUACCGUCUAGUGGACCAUUGUCACGAUGUUCUGCUUAUGGCAAAGAACGGCUCGUUCGAAGUCGGUCCAACCACAAAACUAUCAUGCUCCUAUGAGAUCCACCUGCCUUACGGUAACCGCGUGGCUCUGCGACUGCAAAUGGGGACAGGACCAAUGAAUGCGAAAGAAAACGACGUCUCCAAUAUAAUACACGAAGAUAUCCAAGCCCUGUGCAGAGGGAUGGAAUUAAGUUUAGAAGAUGGGGAAUCGAAGUGGAAGCACUGUUCCCAACCUGGGGAUCCCUUACGAAGUGUUCAGAUAGUGUCAGAAGGGAAUGUAGUCCGUUUAAAUAUAAGUAUCACGGCGAAGAAGAAUACAUCAGCAAUGUGGCUGAAAGUGUGGUGGAUGGAUAAGGCUGUGGAGGAGAUCGUGGGUCACUGUGACUAUGGGUGGGUGUUGUCGGGAGACUUUUGCAUAUCAGCUGUGAGGGAGGCAAAGAAAGCGUGGAGGCAGGCUGAGGCGGAGUGCGUGAGGCUGGGAGGACAUCUUGCCAGCGUACUGAACGAGAGGCAGCAGCAGAUCAUGGACAAAAUGCUUAUUCAUGCUCCGGGAGCGGGUGUCGACGACGUGUACUGGAUCGGGGCGACUGACGCCGUCCACGAGGGAGAGUUCCGCUGGUCUGAUGGACUGCCUUUCUCAUAUGCACACUGGUUCCCCGGAUGGCGUAAGCACAGCGGCCAGCCUAAUGACGACGGCACCUCCGGCCAGGACUGCGUGGAGGCGAGGAGGGAGUUUCCCCCGCGCCCUCUGGCGGCUGCAGCCACCUUCAUGUGGAAUGACCGAGGAUGCAGGGAACACAACUAUUUCGUAUGUGAAAAGCCCAGCGUUGAAGAUCCCUACAUCGCCUCAAAGAUCCAGUGCAAUGAGACGAUCGUGUUGUCUCACUCGCACCCGCACGCCAUCGUGUCGAGCCCCGGCUUCCCUCGGCCGUACCCCGACGACGUGGAGUGUGUGACAGAGAUACGAGCGCCGCCUGCGCAUACACUCAGACUACAUUUUGAAGAACUGCUCACGGAACAUGAGCCACACUGCAGCUACGACUACUUGGAGAUCACGGAGGUGGGCGCGGAUAACAGCAGCGAGCAUGCGCACGCGCAGGAGUGGCAGCUGCACGACGCGCACGACGGCUUCAGCUCGGACACGGAGAUUUGGGAAGAAACCGAGACCCAGUUACCGGAGUCAGAUGCGAUCAGCGCGGGCUGGUCGCGCGACGCGCACGCGACGCACGCGCGGCGCCUGUGCGGCGACUGGAGCGGCAAGCUCAAGCUGCUGCGCUACCAGUCGCGCGGGAACGUGCUGCGCCUGCGCUUCCGAGCCGACCACUCCAGACACUUCGCCGGAUUCAGGGCGAAAGUUACUGUUACUGAUUCCCAGUCGUGUAUGGACUCAAAACAAGUGUUAUUCAGCGGGCACUGCUACCUUUUCUCCGGCUACCCCAAAGCGUCUUGGGCGACUGCCAAACAGGUAUGCGAAGGCCUGAGCAUGCAUUUAUCAUCUGUGCACUCAGCGGACGAAGAGCGCUUCAUAGUCUCAGGGAUCCGGCAAAGCAGCGACUACAGCGCUGGGUCUGUCUACUGGCUCGGAGCAAGGCAGGGGACGGAAGACGGGGAUAGCUUCAGCUGGAUCGAUGGAAGCGCUGUCGGGUACCAAGGCUGGCCGCCGUAUAAUGAUACCGAGGAUAUCGAAGAUGCCUGUUUGGGGGUUCAGUGGAAAUCAUCUCUAGUGCCAUCACAGCCCAGUGGACUGUAUUGGACGCUCCACAAGUGCGCCGUGACCGGUGGGUAUGUGUGCAAGCGAAGGCUGAACCCGGAACACAUCGUGAAGAACAGGACUGUUGAGGGCGCGUCAGGCGCCCUUACGAGCCCUAACCACCCGGGCAUGUACGACAACGACCUGGACUACUGGGUGCACGUGGUGGGCCCUCCUGACACGCGGCUGGUGUUUGUCUUCCAAACUGUAGAUCUUGAGUACCAGAAGGAUUGCCUUUAUGAUUUCGUUGAGCUUCGCGAUGUCUGGAAUAUGAAGUCGUCGAGGUACUGCGGUUCGGUCGGCGAAGCUCGAUGGGUUGCUUCCACUAACAGGGCGGUUCUGUACUUCCAUUCUGAUUACAACACUCAAGGUUCGGGGUUCUCUGUGCUGUGGCGCGCCGUGGAGCUGGUGGGCUGUCCCUCCCAGACGUUCACGUCGAAAGAGGGUGUCAUCAAAAGUCCGAACUACCCUCACUUUCUGCUACCCAACCUGGAUUGCACCAUCGAUAUCCUUGCUCCUACUGGUAAACGCGUGUUCUUGAACAUCAGUCACUUUGACUUCGGUUACGGGGUGUUCAAAAAAGGCGUUCCCAUCAACGUCACGGACUCCAUCCCUGAAGACACCUACAUCGAGGUCCAGAUCGACCUGCAGAGUCCACCAAUCAGGCCUUUUCUGGACGCCAACGUGUUAACCAAUGGCCUAUUUGUAUCGCAGUCUGAAAUCCUCAGACUUAGGAUCAAAACUGGCGAGAAUGUUACAGGGCAGGGGUUUAUAGCGCAUUUUAAGACUAUAAGCUACCUGAACGUGUCGCACGUGGUGGAGCUGGGCGGGGGGCGCGGCGGCGGGCGGCUGGCGGGCGCCAACUGGCCGGGGCGUGCGCCCGCGCGCGCCACACUACGCACCCGUGUGUUGGCGCCGCACGCGCACACGCUCACGCUGGCCUUUGCCGCGUCCGCGCUGCUAGCCGCGCGCCCGCAACCCUGGCCUUGUGGGGACGGCGUCGGGUGGAUACAGGUCAAAGACAGCUACACAGACAACAAUGGCACGGAAUGGACGCUGUGUGAGGUGGACAGGACCAAGAGGAAGCUGGAACCACGCGCGCCGCUCGUCAUCAACUCGUACUUACACUCUCUCAGUGUGACGCAGCACGCCGGAGAGCGAGGGGUUAACAUGGAUGUCACGCUUAUCGUCAACAAAGAUCCAGAAUACCACAGCAAAGUGUUACUGCUGCCGGAGGAGACUAACUUGGAGUCGUGCUAUCCAAACCCGUGCCUGCAUAGCGGAAGGUGUAUCACAGAAGAUUCCAGAAAUUUCUGCCAGUGUGCUGGAUAUUAUGCUGGUUUGUUCUGCCUGGUGACAGCGUGUGAGCGCUCCCCUUGUGUGUACGGCAACUGCUCGCUGGUGGUGAGCGAUGCAAGUGAGGCGGGCGAGGCGUUCAGCUGCGCAUGCGCGCGCGGCUGGCGCGGGCGGCGCUGCGCCGAGCGCGUGCGGCCCUGCGCCAGCAAGCCCUGCAACAACAGGGGCGCCUGCACCGAGCGCGACGGCGGCUUCUUGUGCCAGUGUAACCCCUCGUGGAAAGGGAAGCGGUGUGAAACCCCGAACCCGUCGCCCAACAUCAUCAGCCUGGGCCAACGCAUGCUGCAGGAGCCGUUCUGGCUCGGCCUCAUCACGGUGUUCGUGGUGCUCGGUAUGAUCGGGCUCGUGUGGUGCGCCAAGCGCCACUUCCCCGAGAAGAUCGAGAAGCUGCUCGCCGAGGAGGCCGACCGCUGCGCUAGACGAACACCAUCGCCCCGCAAAAAACGAAACAAUUCAACACCAACUAAGAAAAAUGCUGCGGAGAAAAAGCAAAUACUACAACAGCUAAUAAGUCCCGCUACAGCAAACGAUCACUCGAAAAAGAUCACCAUGGGUGAACUGAUACAGAUGUCUGAGAAACGGACGCUGAGUACCGUGGAGAGUGCUCCGGCGUUUGUCGACUACGGGAACGAGAAUAAGGAGACAUCGUUUGCAAGUGAAGCGUCAACACCUUCGACGUCACCAUCCAUGAGACACAUAUCUGACCCGAAGUUGGAGAAGAAAGUGACUUUCGCAAGACUUUUGAACAAAGUGUCUGCUGAAAUGAGUUCUAGUUCUGACGUUGAUAUGGUAAAUACGAUUACGAUACCGAUGGCGGUGAUAGCGGACCGAGGAAUGAGAGCAAAGGCAUCGAGCACUCCGCCUUCCCCUGGCGUGGAGGUGAGGUCGCCUCAUAGCACGUCUAGUAAUCAAGGCAGUGAUUCCAUGUCCAGUUUAGAUUUGACAUUGACAAAUGCUGCUUUAAAGAAAUAUUCCAGAACUCCAAAAAUCUCUAGCGCGGAUUCUAUCCUCGCAAUGUUCCGGAAUUUUUCGUCAUCAUCUGCCGCUAUUGUGUCCCGCGCCUCAUCGGGAGGUGUCUCCGUGUCCAGUACACCUUCAGCUUCAUCACCACAAGAUGACACGGUGGAUGCCGACGAUAUAUCCAUUGCUUCAUCGCACAUACCCUCGUUGGCACCAGAUUCACCAGUCACAAGACCUCAUAAUACAAUAGAGAUUCAGGUUUUAGACCCGCUAAGUGCUCACAAGUCUUCAUCGUCGGGAAGCAACUUACUCCACCCUCCCUCCAUACUCUUAGAAGUCCCAAGUGGCAUCAACAAGUGCUUGUCUCCUAUCCGCGAGCUACCCACGCCUUUACCUACCCCGCUCCCUACCCCAUUACCCACCCCCUUACCCUCCCCUCGCAUGCCCAGGGCUAGUAUGGAAAUGGACGGUAAAAGCGAAUCCACGGCAACUAUAGUAUCACCCAGUGAGGAUGAAUUAGACGAGAUAAAGUAUGAGACAAAGAUCGAAAGACCGAUUUUAGGAUUACGAUUGAAGCUGCGACAGCCACUAACAAGCACAGAUACGACGACGCCGACGCCCUCGACCCACGUGACGGACUCGCCCAGCCCCAGCUUCACGCACAGCCAGAGCUCGGAGCGCGAGCUGUCGCCGGCGUCGCCCGUGGCGCCCGCGCCGGGGCUGCGGGUACCCGUCCUCACCAUAGAGCGGCCCUCGCCCGGCUCCCCGCCUCCCCGCCGCACACCCCCACACCUAGAGUUCCAGCCACCUCCCCUCAUCACUGUCACCUACAACGCUAGUGAAGAGUCCGACGAACCGAUGUCCCCUAGACCACCCCCGCCCUCAGGCAACAUGUGCUACUUAAGCCCCUUCUCAAUGUCCGCACGCGGAGAGAGAGCACCUUCAGAAUCGAACCUAUCCUCGUCAGGGUACAGCUCCAUGGCGAGUCCUGGCCCCUCGCGAUGCGGCUCGAGCAAUCCAUUAUGCCCUUCGGAAAUGGAAGACCCGGGCUCCGGUGGCGGCCCGUCCUGCUUUCAGUCCAGGAGGCGCCCGCUCAUGAAGACAAACUCAAGCCCUGCUGCGUCCAACGACGACAGUAAGGAACGUAGGCGAGGACGAUCCGACUCCGAAACUUUAUCCGAUGACCCCUUGUUAGAAUCCAACGACGAAGGCAUAGGAACAGACGAGAGAGUAGACGACGUACCCACUAGUGCGAAGGAGAUGGAGCUAGUAGCGCUGAAAGAGACCUUGGACGUGCCGCAGACGACUCUAUGCUCACCCAGCGGAGUGACCAAAUGUUCCAUAGUCAAGUGUAUAAGUGUCGAGAGAGGGCUGGACGAAAAGGCCAGCCUACGGCCUCCCACAUUGUUAUCAGAAGAUUCUGACGGGUUGUACGACUUUCCGAGUUCGGAAUGCGUGAAGGGUGCGAUCAACAAGUCGGGUGCAAACAACCAGAAGAAGAGCGGCCGCAAGCGCGACCGGCGGACGACGCGGACCACAUCCCACGAGGUCACCGGCACUGCCAAGUCCACGCUGCCGCACAUGCCGCAUUCCAUGCAUAACUUGUUAGAGGUGCCGGGGUCCGGAUGUCGCGACGGCGCCACUCGGGGUCGCAAGGGAGGCCGGCGGAGGUCAAGGUCACAGGCGCCAGCGCCAGCUUCCUCAUCAUCAUCUGAGGACUCUGUCUCCAACGCCAGCGUUGCAUCCGUAGCCUCCGCGAGAGAACUAAGACUGCCUGACAUGGAAAUGCAGGACACUUCAUCCAAAAUAUCUUCGAGUUUGGAUUUGACGGAGGACUCGAGAAAACCGCAGAAAGUCAACAAGUUGCGGACAAUUAGUAAUCAGAUCAGAUUUCUUCGACGGCUAGAGCGCAGCUUGAAAAUGAAAGAAAGUUACCCAGCUGUUUCCGACGACGAAGGAGACGAGUCAUCGAGCGUCACCUCACCGCUACUCCAAGGAAGGAAGGACCUAAACCGACUGCCGAGCCACGCGAUAUCAGCUCCUCUACUUAGUGCAAUAAGACCUAAAAUAACUAGACAAAGACGAUACGAUAGGUCGUUAAUAAGUGAAGACACAAGGACUUUAAACACUGCCGCGGGACAAGAUAAUUCCGAUUAAAUUUACAAUAGUGCCAUUUUGAAACGCCCUUUAACAUAUGUUCAUUAUAAAGAUUGGAUCCUACAAGUAAAGUCGCCGAGUGCGUUGUAAUGUUGCAGUAAACUAUCAAAUUUGGACUUUACAAAUAGUUCCCAUGUUAUCAAGUAUAAAAUUGACAUGAGUAUACAAGAUUCUAAUCUAAUGUGAUAUAUUAAACUAAGCGACACGAACAGUAGUAUGUUAUUGUUUUAUAAUUAGGUAUAAAGUCUAGAUUAUCGAACGUUUUCAUUUCCUUCAGUUCACUUUUGAUGUCUCAAACUAUGCGUAAAGAUAGCUUCAUGUUGUAAAUAAUUUCUCGAUAGCAAUAACUUAUUUGUAGAAGGUUUUGUAGGAAGAAAUAUUUUACCGUAAGUAAUACUAGUUACGUAUUAACGUAGGACACGAAAUCAUCGCUAUUAUUUCUACAUUAAUCAUACACAAAUAGCGUUUUCUUUGAUAUCUAGUAUAUUAUUAUGUAUAUUAUAAAUUCA